CAAUGUCAUUCUAAGAACAUCAAUUGUAGACAGAACAGUGCUGUGAUGAGUUUUCUUAACAAAGUUGUUUUAAUCACCGGAGCCAGCUCUGGUAUCGGCGCAGCAGCGGCCGUAGAAUUCGCGAAAGUUGGAGCCAAAGUUGCCAUUGUUGGAAGAAAUGUAGAAAAACUUCACAAAGUAUCCGAAUUGUGUAUUAAAAAUGGAUCUAAACCAUUGGUCAUCAACGCUGAUCUUGGUAACGAUAAAGAAUGUCCAAAAAUAAUUGAUCUUGUGAUAAAAGAAUUUGGUAAACUUGAUGUACUAGUAAACAAUGCUGGUUUUCUACAUUAUGGAUCCAUUUUAGAAGGUAAUAUUCUAGAAGGUUACGAUAAAACAAUGAGAAUUAACGUACGUGCGCACGUUCACAUGACAUCGCUUGCUGCACCUUACUUAGUUAAGUCCAAAGGAAAUAUUAUUAAUAUAUCAAGCGUAGCUGCAACAAGUACAACAAGUUUAAAAGGUCGGACUCCUUACUUAGUAUCAAAAGCUGCUUUAAACCACUUCAUUCGAUGUUGUGCCAAGGAACUGGCAAGCGACGGUGUAAGAGUCAAUACAAUUAGUCCAGGCCCAGUAAAAACUGACUUUUUCGAUAAUUCAGGUCUUGCUGACAUUGAGAUAGAGAGCUUUGCAGAUAUGAUGCCCCUUAAACGGGUAUCAGAGUCAGUAGAAGUAGCUGAUAUGAUUCUCUUCUUAGCUAGUGACCGAGCUGUUGGUAUUACUGGUUCGGAGUUUGUUGUCGAUAAUGGAUAUUUAUUAAGGGUAUAAUAUUGUAUUAUAAUCAUUAUCAAAUAAUUUAACCAAAUUAUUGUUGUUUAAUUCUGUUUAAAAUUGGAUAUAAGCUAUUUUCAAAACUACUUUAUACAAUAGAUAUUCUUCACAGUAGUCUUCACAUCGUUAAGUUUAUAUAAUCGUUCCAGAUAAUUAAGGGUUUCCUUAUGUCAACUUCGACAAAUAGGAUUGACCACAAAUUUAAUAGGUUCCACAGUUAUGUGUUGCGUAAAAGAAUAGAAAUACUUUAUUUAUUCUGAAUACAUACAAAAGCUUCUAGUACAUACGGGCAUACGAAAUCCUCCCUAAUAAAGUACCUUCAACAAAA